AUGAUAGUUCCUGAUUUACUACUAGAUCCUCAAUUGAAGUACUGGGUGUUGCUACCUAUAUCUAUAGCGAUGGUGUUUGUUGGGUUGUUAAGAUCAAAUAUAACAUACUUGAUACAACCAAAUCAAAAACUUCAAGAUUACAAAAAAGUAAGACAAGCUCAAUUUUUGCAAAAAGUGAAAUGCUUUAGGGAAAAUCAACAAGUAUUGACUCAAGAAGAAUUCAAUUCGUAUAAAACUUAUCUUAUAUCAAAUUUAAACACUGACGAAUUCUUUGCAGAGAAAUCAACUGAAACAAAGGAAGAAAAUAUGAACCCUUUCGAUGGAGCAAAUAAUGAUGCUAUAAUGUCAAUGGCGAAAGGUAAUUUAAUGAACUUUAUCCCUCAAACUUUAAUUAUGGGAUGGGUUAAUUACUUCUUUGCUGGAUUUGUUAUUAUGAAAUUACCAUUCCCAUUAACCGACGGGUUCAAAUCUAUGUUACAAAAUGGAAUUAUGACUCCUGACUUGAAUGUCAGGUAUGUAUCAUCCAUAUCUUGGUAUUUUAUAAGUUUAAUGGGAUUAAGACCAGUUUAUUCAUUGAUUAUGGGCUCAGAUGAGGCAGAAGAGUUGAUCAAACAACAGCAACAACAGCAGCUGCCAAUUCCUAAUUUAGGUGGUCCUGGUGGUCCGAAAGCCGACAAAGUAUUUAAAGCAGAGGCCGAGAAUUUGCAAAUUUUAGAUCAUGAAAGUAUAUACGACGGUGUUGUUGAUAGAUUUGUUAGUUCGUUCAGCUAA